AUGGACGCAAUUCCUAGAAAUAUUGAAAAAGAAGGCCUGCCGGUUAUGCCAACCAACCAUGGUACCAAUCAUUUUAAUGGUCACAAGGACAAUGAUGUUCUUUCAAUCAAGGAAAAUCGAGAUGUGGACAAGCAUGGAGGCAAGGAAAUUGACGAUAUGAAUCUGGCAGUCGCAGAGCAACAAAUGAUGGCAAGUCUUGAAGCUCAAGCAGUAUUAGCGAACCCUCAAUCAACACAGGAGUUGAAGAAACUGGCAGCUUUAACACUUUAUAGUAAACAAUGUAGAAAAUGUAAUCACCAGCACAAGCAUGUGUAA